GAAGGCACCACGAAAGCUCACCCAAUCUUGCUAGUCGUGGCUAGCAUGUUAGCAAAUGCGGAUACAAUACUUCCAGACGACGUUUAAUAUGCGGAAAGUGACAUCCGGAAAACAAAGCAUGCGAAUUAACGGCAUUUUUCUCCUGUUUUGUGAUUACAACUAACCCACUCCGGCCACAGUGGACUCCUCUACUCAGCCGACUUCUCAGCUAAUGUCGUGAACGUCAAUGUUUAGCUGCGCAACGGCAGUGUUAGCUAAACUGAUAUUAGCUAACCCAAAUUAGCUGUAUGCUAGUUUUCCAUGAAGUGUUUAAAUGAAUGGGGGUUGUUGUUGAUGGCAUCAGCCAACAAUGUACACUGGCUAGAGCUAGCCUCCUUCUUGUUAUGGUCCAACUUUGCUUAUUCUUAGCGCACAAAUAAUGCUCGGAGGAGUUGACGUCAAGGUUGGAGUUUAAGGAGGAUGCGUGAUCACGUUGGGGAAUGAACAUUACAAGCUUGCUACAGGAUUUAGUGGAUAACUUUGUGGAGAGAAUGCAUCAUCGCGAAGAAAUCAUGCACUAUCCAGGGACCUAGAGGUAGCAGGAGCAACGUUAGCUUACGUACAAUAACAUUGUGAAGCCUGAGUUUGUUGUUUUGUUUUCUUUUGAUCACAAACUUCUAUUUUAGCUGCCUGUUUCUGGGUUGGCUGUUGUUGUGAGGCUGGAGGAAUGAUGGCGUUUCAGACUGACCCUGCCCUCCGUCCCAGGUAGGGUGGUGAAGACUCCCCCGGCCUGCCCUGGCCUGGCCCUCUGAUUACGGAUGAUGGGAACACAUUGAUCAGCCCUGUUGUGUAGUAUUUAUGCAAUCACUUCUUUUAUGAUUUGGACUUGUGAUGCCAUGCCAAUGAAGUGACUUGAAGGAUUGUGGUGGACACAGAGGAAGUUCCCCCAAAGACCAGAGUUAUUGGAUUUAAUCAUGGACUCUUGAGCAACAAAACCUACAUUUUAGCUGAUCAUUUUUUUUAAAGACUGUUUCUACAUCACAUCACCAAACAUGUCUGCGUUUGCGGAGUUCGUCCCCCCGCCUGAAUGCCCGGUUUUUGAGCCGAGCUGGGAGGAUUUCUCGGAUCCUUUAGGAUUUAUCAACAAGAUUAGACCCAUCGCAGAGAAAACGGGCAUCUGCAAGAUCCGACCCCCAGAGGACUGGCAACCUCCCUUUGCCUGCGAUGUUCGCAACUUCCGCUUCACUCCUCGGGUACAGAGACUGAACGAACUGGAGGCCCUCACCCGGGUUAAGCUCAACUUUCUGGAUCAAAUAGCAAAGUUCUGGGAGCUGCAGGGAUCCAAAAUUCGAUUCCCACAUGUGGAGAGAAAGGUUUUGGAUCUGUACCAGCUAAGCAAGGUUGUGGCUUCAGAAGGCGGCUUUGAGACACUGUGUAAGGAGAAGAGGUGGUCCAAGGUGGCCAGCAGGAUGGGCUUCCCCUCAGGAAAAGGCACUGGCUCACUGCUGCGCUCCCACUAUGAGAGGAUCCUUUAUCCUUAUGAGCUCUUUCAGUCUGGAGCCACACUGACCGGCAUGCAGCGACUGUACGAUGAAGGAGACGACGGGGACGAUCUAGACGAGGGCGUUGGCGAGGAGACGGCAGAGGAAGACGACCCAGAUGAGGAGGAUGAAAAGGAGCGAGAGAGAGAUGCAGACGGUGAUGCGACGCAAACGAAAAUGCGACUUCUGCCUGAGAGACGCUCCAGGCGCCUGAAGUCAGAGGUAAAAAGGGAAAAUAAGGAGCCAAAAGGCCUGAAAAUCUUUGGUACAAGUCCCAAGAUGGUUGGAUUGGAGAUUGUGCCAGCAGAUGAUGGUUUCAACAAGAAGCAGCGUCACCUCAAAGCCCAGGCCUUUGCCAUCAAAAUGAGACCACGGAAGGAGACCCUGGAAGUCAACUUUAUUGACCUCUACCUGUGUUUGGUGUGUGGACGUGGUGAUGAGGAGGACCGCCUGCUGCUGUGUGAUGGCUGUGAUGACAGCUACCACACCUUCUGCCUGAUCCCGCCGCUGCAGGAUGUACCCAAGGGGGACUGGCGCUGCCCCAAGUGUGUUGCUGAGGAGUGCAGUAAGCCCAGGGAGGCAUUCGGCUUCGAGCAGGCUGUGAGAGAAUACUCACUGCAGAGCUUUGGAGAAAUGGCUGACCACUUCAAGUCAGACUACUUCAACAUGCCCGUUCACAUGGUCCCCACAGAGCUGGUGGAGAAGGAGUUCUGGCGCUUGGUCAGCAGCAUCGAGGAGGACGUUAUCGUGGAGUACGGCGCCGACAUCAGCUCUAAGGAAGUGGGCAGUGGGUUUCCUGUUAGGGACGGGAAAAGGAGGCUACUUGGCGAUGAAGAGGAGUAUGCAAACUCAGGCUGGAACCUGAAUAACAUGCCGGUGUUGGAACAGUCAGUGCUCACCCACAUCAAUGUGGACAUCUCUGGUAUGAAGGUGCCCUGGCUCUACGUGGGCAUGUGCUUCUCCUCAUUCUGCUGGCACAUCGAGGAUCACUGGAGCUACUCAAUCAACUUCCUGCACUGGGGUGAACCGAAGACUUGGUACGGCGUGCCAGCCUCUGCAGCAGAGCAGCUGGAAGCUGUAAUGAAAAAAUUGGCCCCCGAGCUGUUUGACUCCCAGCCCGACCUCCUCCAUCAACUUGUCACCAUCAUGAAUCCCAACAUCCUAAUGGAGCACGGCGUCCCCGUGUACAGGACCAACCAGUGUGCAGGGGAGUUUGUGGUGACCUUUCCAAGAGCCUACCACAGUGGGUUUAACCAGGGCUACAACUUCGCUGAAGCUGUUAAUUUCUGCACAGCUGACUGGUUACCCAUGGGGCGUCAGUGUGUGGCCCAUUACAGACGCCUACAUCGCUAUUGUGUUUUCUCCCACGAGGAGCUAUUGUGCAAGAUGGCCGCUGAUCCAGAAAGUCUGGACGUGGAACUGGCUGCUGCCGUCUUCAAGGAAAUGGGAGACAUGGUGGAGGAGGAGACGAAACUCAGACAGGCUAUCCAAGAACUGGGGGUGCUGUCCUCAGAGCAGGAGGUUUUUGAGCUUUUACCUGACGACGAGCGGCAGUGUUACAAAUGUAAAACCACCUGUUUCCUGUCCGCCCUGACCUGCUCCUGCAGCCCCGAUCGGCUGGUGUGUCUCCAUCAUUGUAAAGAUCUCUGUGACUGUCCACACGGCAACAUGUGUCUCCGGUAUCGCUAUGAUCUGGAGGAAUUUCCCUCCAUGCUGUACGGGGUGAAGACACGGGCUCAGUCAUAUGACACAUGGUCAAAGAGGGUCACAGAGGCCUUGGCUGCAGACCAGAAAAACAAAAAAGAUCUUAUCGAGCUGAAGGUUUUGCUGGAGGAUGCAGAGGACAGGAAGUAUCCAGAGAAGGCGUUGUUCCGUCGACUGAGGGAGAUGGUGAAGGAGGCGGAGACGUGCAGCUCAGUGGCUCAGCUGCUGCUGAGUCGCAAGCAGAGGCACAGCAGCCGUCUGCGUUCUGAGAGCAGUCGCAACAGAACCAAACUGACAGUGGAUGAACUCAAGGCGUUUGUGGAUCAGCUCUACAGGCUGCCCUGCAUCAUCAGCCAGGCCCGACAAGUCAAAGAGUUACUGGAGAAUGUUGAGGACUUCCACGAGCGAGCCCAGGUGGCGCUGUCGGACGAGAUGCCUGACUCUUCCAAACUGCAGGCCCUCUUGGACCUCGGCAGCGGCCUGGACGUAGAGCUUCCAGAGCUGCCCCGGCUGAAGCAGGAGCUCCAGCAGGCACGCUGGCUCGAUGAGGUGCGUGUCACGCUAGCUGAGCCUCACCGCGUCACCCUGGAGCUGAUGAAGAGGCUCAUCGACUCCGGGGUGGGCCUUGCUCCUCACCAUGCUGUGGAGAAGGCCAUGGCUGAGCUGCAGGAGAUUUUAACAGUAUCAGAGAGAUGGGAGGAUAAGGCCCGCGCAUGCCUGCAGGCCAGGCCUAGACACAGCAUGGUGACCUUGGAGAGCAUUGUCUUGGAAGCGAGGAACAUUCCUGCGUACCUCCCUAAUAUCCUGGCACUGCAAGAGGCUCUACAGAAGGCCAAGGAGUGGACAUCAAAGGUGGAAGCAAUCCAGAGCGGCAGCAGCUAUGCUUACCUGGAGCAGCUUGAGAGUCUUUUGGCCAGAGGUCGCUCCAUCCCCGUUCGGCUUGAUCCCCUGGCCCAGGUGGAGUCUCAGGUGGCUGCAGCUCGAGCCUGGAGGGAGAGAACGGCUCGCACCUUCCUCAAGAAGAACUCCACGUACACACUGCUGCAGGUCCUCAGCCCUCGCAUAGACAUCGGGGUUUACGGCAACAGUAAGAGCAAGAGGAAACGCGUCAAGGAACUCAUGGAGAAAGAGAGAGGAGGCUUCGACCCGGACACUUUAAGCGACCUGGAGGACAGCCUGGAAGAGGUGCGAGACCCUUCCACUGUCGUAGCAGCCUUCAAAGCCAAAGAGCAGAAAGAAGUGGAGUCCAUCCACUCGCUCCGCGCUGCCAACCUUGCCAAGAUGGCCAUGGCCGACCGCAUCGAGGAGGUCAAGUUCUGCCUGUGCCGAAAGACCGCCAGCGGCUUCAUGCUGCAGUGCGAGCUCUGCAAGGAUUGGUUCCACGGAGCGUGCGUGCCGCUACCUAAGACCGGAUCUCAGAAGAAGCUAGGUGUGGGUUGGCAGAGCAACAGCAAAGACUCUAAAUUCCUGUGUCCGCUGUGUCAGCGGUCGAGGAGGCCGAGGUUAGAAACCAUCCUGUCGCUGUUGGUGUCGCUGCAGAAGCUGCCGGUGCGACUUCCUGAAGGAGAAGCCCUGCAGUGUCUGACUGAGCGGGCGAUGAGCUGGCAGGACCGAGCACGGCAGGCUCUGGCCACAGAGGAGCUGUCCUCAGCUCUGGCCAAGCUGUCUGUGCUGAGCCAGCGCAUGGUGGAGCAGGCUGCGAGGGAGAAAACUGAGAAGAUUAUCAACGCUGAGCUGCAAAAAGCUGCUGCCAACCCUGACCUGCAGGGACACAUACAGACUUUCCAGCAGUCUGGUUUCAGCAGAGCCACGUCCCCCCGCCAGUCAGUGGACUACGAUGACGAAGAGACGGACUCAGACGAAGACAUCAGGGAGACUUAUGGUUAUGAUAUGAAGGAUCCAGGUGAGGUCAAGCCGUACCUGUUCUGUGAUGAAGAGAUCCCCGUCAAGUCUGAGGAGGUGGUCAGUCACAUGUGGCCGACCGCCACGCCCUCCUUCUGCGCUGAACACGCCUACUCCUCAGCAUCCAAGUCCUGUGUGCAAAAUCUAGGCACUCCCAGGAAGCAGCCCAGGAAGACCCCUCUCAUACCCCGCAGCCUGGAGCCACCUGUGCUUGAGCUUUCCUCACAGGCUAAGGCCCAGCUGGAGGACCUGAUGAUGCUGGGAGACCUGCUGGAGGUAUCUCUGGAUGAGACCCAGCACAUCUGGAGGAUCCUGCAGGCUACGCACCCUCCCUCUGAGGAGAGAUUCCUGCAGGUCAUGGAGCCCGAUGAUUCUCUGAUGGAGAAGCCCCUGAAGCUCAAGCUGAAAGACUCAGAGAAAAAGAGGAAAAGGAAGCUGGAAAGAGCAGAGCACCAUCACAUGCUGAUGGCAGCUGCCGCAGCCGCAGGCGGGGCCUCUGUAAUGGGUGACAUGCGACCAGCCAAGGUUAAGGACCUGAAACGGGUGGGUCUAGAACUGGGUCUUGGCGGCAAACCCAAGAAGAAGAAGCUCAAACUCAACAUGGACAAAAACCGGGAGAUGAAACAACUGGCUAAACGGUUAGCAAAGGAGGAGAAAGAGAGGAAGAGGAAGGAGAAGGCAGCGGCCAAGGCAGAGGCCAUCAGAGAGAGUUUGGAGAAGAGGAAGGAGAAGAAGAUCCUGGACAUUCCUUCCAAGUAUGACUGGUCCGGGGCUGAGGACUCCAACGAUGAGAACGCUGUGUGUGCAGCCAAGAACUGCCAGAGACCCUGUAAAGACAAGGUUGACUGGGUGCAGUGCGACGGCGGCUGCGACGAGUGGUUCCAUCAGGUGUGCGUGGGCGUGUCCUGCGAAAUGGCCGAGACGGAGGACUACAUCUGCGUGGACUGCUCCAGAAAGGCCGCUGGGGUCAGCGUGGGGGGAGCGGUGAUAACUGUAGAGGAGGUGGCGGAGGAGGAGAGCGUAGUGGUGUUGGCGACGUCGUUGUGUAGCGCGGGCACACAGAGUCUACCCCCGGGGACUGUUUUGACCUCGUGGUCGUCCGCUUCUCACCUCAACCCGACCAUUUCUCAUCAGCAGCUGCAGCAGCAGCAGGAGGAACCCCAACAGGGCAGUUAGCAUUGACAUACAAGGCAGGGACUGAGACUGAAUACUGUACCUCACGGAAGAGCAUAACACAAACCCUGGUGUCCAGGCUAGAGGGCCCUCCUCUGAAACUGUGAGACUGCACAGCUUUUGGGGGACAGAAAGGGGAAGAAAAAGACCGAGGAGUCUCCUGUAACAGCCCGGACUGAAGAGCACAAGAGAGAUGAUGAACUUUCACAUUAGGAAGACGAAGAAGAAUCCUACUGUCACCAUGUGGCUUCAGCAAUCCCACGCUCUCUCUCUUCCGAGCACUGCGGUUGAUGAAAUGGUUCUUAGCACACAGACGAAGCUUAGUCCAACAGUUUUAGGUCUAAAAAACAUCCACCUGCUACUUCCUGGUCAUCCCCCUCAACAAUAACAAGUCGUGGUGCACUUACUUGUAGUCAAACAAACACCCAGCUGUUGUAUCGAGUGCAGACAGGCUAAUAAAACAGAUGUGUCCCUCUCUGUGUUUUACUGGACAUCCUGAUCUGCUCCCCUCUGUCCUCCGCUCUCUGCCCGGCCCUGCAGACAGUAACAUCUCAAACAUGUAGGACUCCAGACUAGGAAACACAAAUGGUGGUAAUGUAGUGGAAUUAUUUAUAAUGUACAUACUUUUAAGCAAUUAAAAGAAAAGGAUUGUGGCUUUUUUUUGUUUUCUCACCUUUAAUAAACUAUUCCUAGUCAAAUGAC